UCUGUGGCUGCGCUGUCGUAUUGAUAGACGUUUGCACCACUUUUUCUAACCUCAAAUAAUAAAAAUUUACAAGCUCUUUAAAAUCGUUAAAUUUGAAUUAUGAAAAUAUGCAAGGCUUCUUAGACAGCGAAAGUGAUCCUUAUAAAACAAGUUUUUCAAUUUUUGUAGCAAUUCUUUACAUUAAAGUACUAUACAUCCUAGUCAUGACUUUGUAUAUACUAUCAAGAUUCAAUCAAAUACUGGCCUAAUUGCAUCGCCAAACAAUGCCCGAAGUAUUAUACUUAUCACACUGGGAUGCGGCGAUGCCUGUCGUUGUUCCAAACAGUGUCGUUAAACUUUUAACAAAUUACCAGAUUUUAGCAAUCAGGUUUCUUUACAACUGUUUACAAAAGGGUUAUAGAGGUGCAAUACUGAACGAGGAAACGGAGAUGAACCCUUGCAUUCAAGUUUCAGCAUUUUUAAACGCUUUAAACAGUAGUAUAAGCAUUGAGGCUCCUGCAAUUGUCUUAUGUACUGCUCACACCUUCGGCAUUUGGCAUUACUACCUCAGCAACUACGCCGGGAACCGCGUCACAGUACUUUCAGAGCACAAUUGCGAACAAAUUUUGCAAAGCAAAUCUCUGGAAAUUAUUCUGUCGACUGUCGACAAUUUAAAAUGGCUAAAAGGUGCCGAGCUUGACUUUUUUACCGUGAUAAUAGACGAUUUAGAUGUCGUUAUAAAUAAGAAGUUUGUAAAACAGAUUAAGGGGCAAUAUCACAUAGGUAUUACGACUAGGAACUUUUUGAAAGAUCCCGGUCAGAAGCUUUUUCGAAAUAUGCUCCUUUGGGCAAAUCCGGGUUGUGUUGGGAAAUUAGAGGAGUUUUGCGAGGAAGAUGACGAGCAUUUGAACCAAAACCGUUACGCGUACGGCGAAUACUGGUUGAGGUUGACUUGGUCAUUUUGUGAGACUUUCAAGAAAUCAUCCAAAGAUGAUUUGGAACACAAUCAGGCAGUAGUGAAUAAUUGGUUGUAUGAAAAUGAUGUGUCAUAUUCCUCAGAGGAGGUGCCCAAACGGAGAGUUAGGAAACGUAAACGUGAAUCGGUAACUAAGGAAGUGUCAAAUUGUGAAUUGAAGGAUGAUGUGAAAGAUGUAACUCCUCCUCCCCCACAAUUAAAUGAAAGCACGCAGGUUCCUGUGAACUCCCAAGAAACCAUUAUUUAUGAUUAUACUGAUGAUUGCCCUCUUUUAACAUCGAUCAUUAACAAUGAUCAUGUUGCGCCAGCAUCUAAGCCAGAGGAUACUGGUAAUGCUGCAGUAUCCAAUGAACCAAAGACUGUAAGAACCGGCAGUAGUGAGGACCUACUGCUCUCCAUAAUGAGUGAUGAUUUCAACUACGAUGGUGUUCGUGAGGAAUAUUCUCACAAUCAUUCCUCUUCGAAAGAUAAUGUUUUGUCUAUGCUGUUUAGUGAUAGCGAAUAAGGGUAUUUUAAUGUAAUUUUUGUUAAUUUUUAUCAAUUUUAGGGGGGGGGGGGUAUGAUUGUUGUUUGCUUGUAUAAUUUUAUAAUGCUUAAUUAAAGUAAUAU